AUGGCACACGAGAAAGCCAGAGUCCUCAUUGUCGGCACCGGUGGUGUCGGUACCAUGUCUGCCUAUGCCCUCGAGCAGGGAGGCAAAGCCGAAGUAACUGCUGUCAUGCGAUCAAACUACGAUGCGGUAGCAAAGCACGGCAUUGACAUCGACUCGAUACAGUAUGGCAAUGACAUCCGAGGAUGGCGCCCAACACAAAUCCGCAAAAACGUCCCGGACGUCGCAGCCGAAGGCCUCGCCCCCUUCGACUUCGUCCUCGUCACCACAAAAAACAUCCCCGACGUCUCCCCCACAGUCGCAGACAUCAUCGAACCCGCCGUCACGCCCAACAAAACAGCCAUCAUCCUGUCCCAAAACGGACUCAACAUCGAAACCGGAGUCGUGGCCCGCUUCCCAACCAACCCCAUCAUCAGUAGCGUCUCCUACGUUGGCGCGACCGAAAAAUCCCCCGGCAAGAUCCUUCACGAUGACCCGGAUGUCCAAAAAAUCGGGCCCUUCACUAACCCCAACAUUUCCGACAAGGUCGCCGAAGACGCAGCAAAGCGCUACAUCGCCGUCUACAAUCCACACGGGAAACUAGACGUCUCGUUCGACGCGGACGUCCGCCGCGUCCGGUGGCGCAAACUCGUCUACAACGCCUCGUUUAACCCCGUCGCGACGGUGCUGCGCAUGGACACGCCGCGGAUGCGCAUGAGCCGCCACGUCAUUGAUGACCUGGUGCGUCCGAUUAUACUGGAGAUUAUCGCGGCGGCGACGGCGUGCGGAGUGACGGGGUUUCCCGAGAAACUGGAGGAGUCGGUGAUUCGAGCGGAUCCGGUCGAUACGGAGUUCAAGCCGUCGAUGUGUCAGGAUGUUGAGAAGGGGAAUCUCCUGGAGGUGGAAAAUAUUGUGGGUGAGCCGUUGCGGGAGGGUGAGGCCCGUGGUGUGCCCAUGCCGACGUUGCGGGCGAUUUAUGGGCUCUUGAAGGGGUUGCAGUUGAAGGCGAAGGAGAGCAAGGGGCUGUGGGAGCCGAAGUUUACAGAGGAUAAUCCUUACCAGUAG